CACACACCUUUUCUCUCUCUUUUUUUGUUUUUCUUUUUUCCUCAAUUCAUCCAACGGCUGAACAUCAAUCUCAACCUUUACCCUUUUCUCAACCGUCUGAUCUACUUUCAUUACGCCCACCCCUACCCCCAUGUUUUUAUUGUUGAAUUUUAAGUUGCUGUUAGUUUAGGUUAGGCCUUCCUUCUUCUCUUCCCUUUCCAACCCCAAUCUUUCUCUCUCUAAAAAUUCUCUCUCUUCCCCUAAUUCUUUUGAUUCUUCUCCAUCAUUACAACAACCUUUAUUUUCUAACUUAAUUCACAUUGGGUUCUUCGAUUAUUUUUUUCUUUCUGUGAAUAAGGUCUUACAUUCUGAGUAGGUAGCAAUAAGUCGAUAAUCGACGAUCUCUUCGGUUUGAUGACAAUGCUGGUUCCACCGUGGCUAGAGCCUUUAUUGAAUACGGCUUUUUUCUCAAUUUGCCGGACGCAUGGUGAUGCGGCGCGGAGUGAAUGUAAUAUGUACUGCUUGGAUUGCAAUGACAAUGCUUUUUGCUUCUAUUGUCGCUCAUCUAAACAUAAAGACCAUCAAGUCAUUCAGAUAAGGAGAUCAUCAUAUCAUGAUGUGGUAAGAGUUUCAGAGAUUCAUAAAGUAUUGGAUAUAAGUGGAGUGCAAACAUAUGUAAUCAACAGUGCAAGAGUUUUAUUUCUAAAUGAAAGGCCACAACCAAAGAGUAGUGGCAAAGCAAGUUCUCAUGUUUGUGAAAUAUGUGGAAGAAGCCUUUUGGACACUUUUCGUUUCUGUUCACUUGGAUGUAAGCUUGUAGGAAUAAAGAGGAAUGGAGAUUCAAGCUUUAUCUUAGAUGCCAAGAAUGAAGUACUAGCAUUGCAAAGAGGUGAAGGCAUAUCAUCAAGAGGAGGAAAUCAAUUGCGUGAAGGCUUAGAACAUGACAUAUACCCACCCACCCCUCCACCACCCCCUUCAAAUGCUAGAAGAAGAAAAGGGAUUCCUCAUAGAGCACCUCUUGGCUCAUAACAAAAUAUAUAAUAACUAACCAAAAAAUAAUACAUUUAAAAAACUACUUUAUACAACUCACAUACAUAAGGAAGGGUUGUAAAGGUUGAUGAAGUUUCCUUUUGAAGAUGGUGGGGUCUUUUGAAAGGAAAGGAAAAAAGAGCAAUAAUGCACAAUUUGUUAUAUUAGAAAAGUUGGAAGAUUAUUCUACGUUGUAAUUAAUUUAAUUAAGAAAUUUAAAAGGCAAAGUGUUUGUUGGAGUUAGUUUUAUAGUUUUCAUUGGCCCACCAACCCACAUGGGCCGUUUACAUAAAGUAAUAACCUUUUUAUUUGUUUAAUAACAUGCAAACCAACUUUCUUAUCAUUCUA